ACCCUCUCAGAACUCAAAAGACAAAACAACAGAGCAGAUAAAACAGAAAGCUUUUGGUAGCUCAUCAAAUUAUGGCUAGUUAUUAUGACUACAGCAGUUGCAGAACAGGCGGAAGCAACGGCAAUGGCGGCGGCGAUCACGUGUGCCGCCCGGUCCUAGUGGACGCUCAGGGGAGAAGAACGCCUCUAGGAUACAUGAGCAACAUGAACGGCUUGCAGGGCUAUGUGGUUAAGGCGGCCGAGGGAGGCGGCGGCAUCGAUCAAUUGAGCGAGCAUCUCAUCAGGGGCGGCGGCCAUGGCCGCCAUCAUGCCUAUGCUUCCAACGUCGCCGGCGACGAGGAUCAAGAUCUGUUCGAGAAGAUCAGGAGGGAAGUGAGCCGCCCCAAGAGUAGCAGCUGGAACACCAUGCAGGAACACGGUAAGUACGCUGCCGCUACCUCCGCCGCCGCCACGGCAACUCAGCAGAUUCUGCACUUUGGCUCGCCGGCCGGGAAAUAUUCGUCCGCCGGGGUGGAGGUGCCGCCGCCGCCGUAUUACGGUAGGCGAGAAACCAUUGACAGCGAAGAGGCGAAGAGCCGGUACGGCAGGUGGGGAACCGUGCCACCGCCUCGGAGGGAAUCCUAUGGAACCGUUGACAGCGCCGCGGCGGCGGCGAGGUAUGGCGGCGUCCGCUUCUAAGAGCUAAGAAGCAAGCGCAUUUCAUAAUAUAUAACGGAUCUUUCAUUUUGUUUUGUAUAAUAUAUAUAUAUGAUCCUAAAAACAAACAACUUUUACCCUUUGUUUGGGAGAAAGUUCAUAUCAUAUAUAUGUUUGUAUGUGAUGCAGUGCAUCAAUUUGGGGCUUUGUAGUGUGUAAUGUGUAUAUGUACAAUGUAAAAAAGUUUAUGUUAUUAUAAAAUCAGUUAUGGUUAAAAUUU